UUACCAGUUGAAAUUCAACCUGAAACCCCAACACAGAACCAACUAAAAUGUGCGACUCCUUGAAGAACGAUUACCAAAUCUGCGACGAGAUCGGGCGCGGCAGAUUUGGCACAAUCUACCGCUGCUUCUCUCCGGCGAGCAACCAAUUCUAUGCUUGCAAGACCAUCGACAAGAACCUCCUCGCCGAUCCUACCGACCGCGAGUGCCUUCAAAACGAGGCAAAGAUCAUGUUCCUCCUGUCUCCACACCCAAACAUUGUGCAGAUCUACGACGUCUACGACCGUACCGAGUCGCUUUCUCUGGUUUUGGAGCUCUGUGAGUCCAACACUCUCUACGAUCGAAUUGUUGUCUCUAACUCUGUUUUCUGUGAAAUCAAGGCGGCGUCUAUGAUCAAACAGUUGCUCGUAGCCUUGUCUCACUGUCACAAUCUUGACAUUGUUCAUCGGGACAUAAAGCCUGAUAACAUCUUCUUCGAUUCGCGAGGUCGAUUGAAGCUGGGGGACUUCGGAUCUGCGGAUUGGUUGGGGGAGGAGGGGACGGUAAGUGGUGUGGUUGGGACGCCGUAUUACGUGGCGCCGGAAGUCCUGAUGGGGAGGGAGUACAACGAGAAGGUUGAUGUAUGGAGUGCUGGUGUCGUUUUGUAUACAUUGUUGGGUGGAAUUCCGCCGUUUUACGGAGAGACCGCAGCGGAGAUAUUCGAGUCGGUUUUGAAGGGAAAUCUGAGAUUUCCUCCAAGGGUUUUCCCGGCUGUGUCUUCUUCAGCGAAGGAUCUGAUGAGAAAGAUGAUUUGUAGGGAUGUUUCUAGGAGAUUAUCAGCAGACCAGGCUUUCAGACAUCCAUGGAUGUUGAGUGGAGGAGAAGCAGCUUCAAUGGACUGAUCUACCCCUUACUUGCAGAAUGACUUAUCAGUGUUGUACAUAAACAUAAAAGUAAAACCCUGCUUAUCAGCUCUACUUUAUGGACAGGUCCAGAAAUGGCCACCCAGUUUUGUCAACACAGGGACCCAGACUCCUUAUUAGUCAAAUGGUUCCCGCAUGUGGCUGCUCUGCUUUCAAGGACUGACCAGAUGCUAGGCUUUUAUUAUACUACGUAUAACUACAUAUGUAUAACUAUAUAUGUAUGUAGAUAGUUUUGAAGGGUUGAGAAUCCUGUCUGUCUUUCCCCCCCUUUUUUAUACAUAAGCUCGGGGAUGGGGUUUUGAAUCCAGGUUACUGGAUUUUGGGGAUGAGGAAAGGCAAGCCUUAAUCCUCUAGAUGUUUCUUUUUUCCUUCCUUUGCCUUGGUUUAUGUUUAACGAGGAUACUGAGAAAGCAGAACAAGGAUAUGUAGCUUCAGAUUAUGAAGACUAUAUGUAAUGGAUUGGCCACUUUAUUUAGUAUGAGAUCAUGUUUAUGUAAGUAUCAUAUAUAUUUGAUGGUGUCUUACAGAGCACAUGGAACACUGAUUCCUUGCAGUUGAUGUUU